UUCUCUUUUUCAGAUAACAUUUUCAUGUCCUCUUCACUGAGCGUUUUACUAACUAAAAAUUUCUUAAAAUGUGCUGUGAUUUUGUUCGUCUUUGAUGUCUACACUUAUUCUUGGCUAUUCUUCUUCACUUCUUUAUUUUAUUCAACUAAUAAUUUUCUACGUUUUUUUCUUAUUUUUUAAAUUAAAUUUUUAUUAGUUUUAAAUAUUUUUAGUUUCAUUGAAUUUUUUAAAUGAAGAUGAACGACGUUCAAGCGAGCCUAUUUUUCUUGCCACAGAAGUUGAUUGAAUGGAAUUUGUUUGAAAGGUUUAGCUUUUAGUUUAUUUUUAAGCUUCUCCUCCACUCGGGAUUAUAAGCUUGGGGAAUCUGUGUUUUUCCAUAUAUUGUUUCGAUUGAUG